AUGCUGCACAGUACAUUACCGAGAGCAUUUAUACCGCCGCCGAGUUUGUGCUACCUCGGCGGCUACUACAGCGACUCAAUUCAUCCCUACGUAACACCGAGAUAUCUACCCCUGGAGACAUAUCAAUCCCAUCCCCAGGCAGUAUCACCAGAGAUAUCAGUGAGUCCAAGUCCCCUGGAUCUAUCAGUCAAACCAUCAACAACAUCCCAGAUCAACGACGAGUCCGAGACAAUCGAGGUUGACGAUGUGGAGGACUACCCGGAGAAACCCUAUCCCAAUCCCUGGGAUUCAAUUCCAGAGGAGCCACGUACCUACUACGAUCAUCCCCAGGACAUUCAAAAAUCGAGUACAGUUAAACCUGGACACCUGUACCCCGAGCCACUGGGAUACCGAUCACCGAGUCCAGUGACACCGAAACACCACCUGUCAUCACCACGAUCGAUUCACGAUUACCAGCAGCAACUUCUUUUAACACCCCAGCAUCAUCUCCAGCUGCACGCCCCCAUGACACCACCAAGUACACCAUCACCACCACAAUGUCCACGACGUCGUCCCCGAGAUGAGGACGAUAUAUCGAGUGUAACACCAACAGCUACACCUAAAUCAUCAAAUUACGACAAGACUAUUCAGCGACCCAAGAAAAAGCACGCAAGACGAUUAAAAUUCGACGAGGACACGAGCAGUCCGGUAUCAGGUACAGUUAUCCUCGGUCCCGAUGAGGCUGUCGUCACUGGUGACAUCGAUCCCGCUUUCAACAUCGUCGAGGUAACGGAAGAGGCACGCGCCGAACUCGCUAAAAUUGAAAAUCGCCUCGGUCCCUAUCAGUGCAAAUUGUGCCGACAGCUGCACGAUGAUGCAUUCCAAUUGGCCCAACAUCGCUGCUCCAGAAUAGCACACGUUGAAUAUCGGUGUCCAGAGUGCGACAAACGUUUCUCAUGUCCAGCUAAUUUGGCGUCACAUCGACGAUGGCACAAACCACGAAUACCACCUGGUGAAAAUACACCUGGGGGUAUUGAAAUUUCAUGUGGCAAAUGUGACGCCAAAUUCUCAAGACAAGCCGCCCUCAGGAAGCACCUGGUUACUCAGCAUCCAGAGGACAACACCACCAACAACAACAACAAAUUGGUAUGCCACAUGGAAUUACACCGACAACCACCGAAGUCGCCUGACACCAAUUUCCUGCAAGACCACUACCCCGACGACCUGGUAUUUACUGGAGAUUUGGACUCGAUCUCAUGUAAUUUCGGGUUUUUCCAUUUGGCUUUCGAUGUAUGUGAGUGCACAAUCAAAAUAAUUAUGGGGGGAGAGGGGGAUGGAAUUAUUAAUAUAUCAGAAAGUGAGAUCGCAGAAGAAUUUGACGAUUCCUCUUACCGAUUCUUGAUUUAUCUCGAAAAGUAUCGAUUUUUGGGGAAUCGUUAG